GGCUUUUCUCGAUGCAAAAGAGAAUAUAAAAGACAAACCGGACAACGAACUCACGCGACCGACCACCAGGUGCAGAAAGCGUUAGACCGGGACUCUGGACUCGUGUUCACCUGCUGAAUCCGACAGACUGUUGGCAGUUUGGUGACUCGACGGAAAAUUGAAAUUGCUAAAACAAAGUUUGAAAUCGAGGCGCAAAGUGGGAAAUAUUAUGGUUUUUAGUCACAGUGCUCGGAACCGAUAAAAUUAAGUGCAGGAAAAACUUGAGCAAAUAAUAAUGGUUAAUGAACCUGUUUCACAUAAUCAUUGACUAGAUGCUUCAAAUAUUUUUUUUUUGGGACCUUUUUUGAAAGAAAUUCCUGAAAAAAUGCUAAUUUCCAUUCGUCACAAUACAAUAAGAAAAUGUGCAGUGAAUAAAUAACACAUCAAGAAGUCAAAUUUUCUUUCGAGAUGAAAAUUAACAUUCUUGGUUUAAUUUUCACUUUGGGAAGUCUAUUUGUCUUCGUCUUAUUGCUACAUGUCAAGAUUAGAUUUUAAAUUCUAAUAAAGGAAUUUUCAUGCAAAGGAGAAAAAAACCUUUUGACUAAUGAGGAAUUCUAAAUCAAAAGUACUUAACUGUACUUUAGAGCAAUAAGUAAUGACCAUCGUCGUUUGGAAAAGUUUUCAACAUGAAGUUAGAGAGCAAGAGAGAAUAAGGAAUUUUCUGCGAAAUUUUUAUUUUAGCCGACAGGCAAAAGAGGAAAAGAAAUACGCAGAAAUAUAAUUAUGAAAACAACUAAAGAAUUGACAUUUCUGGAGGAAUGUUAUCGUCCGUUGAAGAAUGUUUAUAAGCUAUUAAAAAGAAAAAAAUAUACUUGUUUUGUAUAAUCAAGGAGAUAAAUUUUUCUGAUGGUGUGUCUUGGAUAUCAGCAACCGGCACCGUGAAGAACCUGCUCAUUAGGUCGUGCCUUCUGAUUCUAAGCAUUUUAUUGGUCGACAAAUCGAGGAGUAAACAUAUUUUGCAUAAUUGAAAUCCUGACGUCAGACUAAGGUUGUUUAUAAAACGGCGUGAUUUUUUGAAAUCUUCUCACAACACACAUUUCAGGAAAAGUGCAAUUCAUUCAUUAUGAAGGAAGAAUUUAAGUAUUUGACAGGUUUUGAUUGUGAAUUCAGCAGUGAGGAUGAACGCUGUCCGGGAGCACUUCCCGUGGGUCAAAAUAGUCCUCAAAAAUGUCCUUACGGUCUUUACGCUGAACAAUUGUCGGGCAGUGCUUUUACCGUUCCAAGAGGCGAGAAUAAAAGAUCUUGGCUGUAUCGAAUAAGACCUUCGGUUGUGCACGAUGUCUUUGAACCAAUUCAAGAAUUACAAGAUCAUGUCACUCAUGAAUGGGACCAAUUUCCCCCUACACCUAAUCAGAUUCGUUGGAUGCCAUUCGACGUGCCAACUCGUCAGGAACCGGAAGUAGAUUUCGUUGAGGGUUUACAUACACUUUGCGGAGCUGGCGAUGCUCGCACGCGAGCCGGAAUUGCUGUUCACAUUUACCUCUGUAAUUCUUCCAUGCGAGAUAAAGCCUUUUACAAUUCUGAUGGAGACUUCCUUAUUGUACCACAAUUGGGUGUCUUGCAAAUUACGACCGAAUUCGGAAGAAUGAGAUGUGAGCCAAAUGAGAUUUGCGUUAUUCAACGAGGAAUGCGUUUCUCCGUGACAGUAUUUGGUCCAUCCAGAGGUUACAUUCUUGAGGUCUUUGACAAUCACUUUCAACUUCCAAAUUUGGGACCAAUUGGUGCCAAUGGACUGGCAAAUUCUCGAGAUUUUGAAACCCCUUCUGCAUGGUACGAGGAUCGGGACGUGGAUUAUAAAAUAAUUUGCAAAUAUCAUGGAAAAAUGUUUGUCGCCAAUCAACGUCACAGUCCGUUUGAUGUUGUCGCAUGGCAUGGGAAUUAUGUCCCCUACAGAUACAAUCUUGAACGUUUUAUGGUUAUCAAUUCGGUUUCCUUCGAUCAUUGCGACCCAUCAAUAUUCACCGUUCUCACUUGUCCCUCGACGAAACCGGGGACCGCGAUCGCUGAUUUUGUGAUUUUUCCUCCUCGUUGGUCCGUUCAGGAGAACACUUUCCGUCCACCUUAUUAUCAUCGAAAUUGCAUGAGUGAAUUUAUGGGUUUAAUCAAGGGACGUUAUGAGGCCAAGGAGGAUGGAUUUCAGGCUGGUGGUGGCUCUUUACAUUCAAUAAUGACACCGCAUGGACCCGAUACAAAUUGUUUUGAAAGUGCUUCUAAUUCGAAACUGGGACCCGAACGUAUUGCCGAAGGAACUCAGGCGUUUAUGUUUGAAACUUAUUACAGCAUGACAAUAACGAAAUGGGGUGGAAAAAAUUGCAAAAAGAUUGAUUCCAAUUACAAUAAGUGUUGGGAGGAUUUGAAAAAAAAAUUUGAACCAACUCAAAAAUCUUGAUCUCAUGCAGGCUUCGCACUAAUUUACGAAAAUAAAAAUUUACCAAUUUUUUAACGAUUUCCUACUAUUUGGAUAAUUUAAUUUGCAUUUGUUUUCUAAUU